CCAAUAAAGCGCCCGCCCCUCUCCUGUUGUUUUCUCUCUCUACCUAUCCUGUCCGUUGUAUACUGUUUUGUGCCCUUCUCUCUCAAAACCUUUGCAGUGGCCGAGAAUUCAUUUCUAGGGUUUUCAAUCCUCUUAAAAGGAAGAAAGCAAAUUGCAUCUCUUUCUUUCUUUCUUUCUCAUGGUGAAACUGAUUCCCGAAAUCCAACGUUUCCAUUUCCAUUCAAUUCCGAAAUCCACAAAUCUUAAUUUCCAAUUGUAAUGCCUUUCACCAUCAGUGAAUGGCUCGAUUCCAGUUCAAUUUCGCCUUUAUAGCCUUUUUAAUUACAGCAAUAACCCUAACCACAAACCCUAGAGUUCUCUCUUCGGAUUCGGAAUCCGAUUCCUUUUCGAUAAUUGAUUUCGAUUCCAAUAUCCUCUUCCACCAAGACUACUCACCACCGUCACCACCUCCACCGCCACCGCAUCCACCGUCGGCAUCUUGCACUGAUGAUCUUGGAGGCAUCGGUUCGAUUGAUACUGCGUGUCAAAUAGUUACCGAUGUGAAUCUCACUCGUGACGUGUAUAUAGAAGGGAAAGGAGAUUUUUAUAUCCAUCCCGGUGUGAGGUUCCAUUGUCCUAAUUUUGGAUGUUCAAUAACGAUAAAUAUCUCAGGAAAUUUCAAUUUAUCAGUUAAUUCGUCGAUUUUGACCGGUGCGUUUGAGCUUGUUGCGAAUAAUGCUAGUUUUUUUAAUGGUUCGGUUGUGAAUACGACGGGAUUAGCUGGGGAUCCUCCUCCGCAAACGAGUGGGACACCACAGGGGUUAGAAGGGGCUGGUGGAGGUCAUGGAGGGAGAGGGGCAUGUUGUUUGGUGGAUAAAGAGAAGUUGCCGGAGGAUGUUUGGGGAGGGGAUGCGUAUUCGUGGUCGAGUUUGCAGGAGCCAUGUAGUUAUGGGAGUAAAGGAGGGAGUACGAGUAAGGAAGUGGAUUAUGGAGGGGGAGGAGGUGGGAGAGUGAAAAUGACAGUGAAGGAGUAUUUGGUUUUGGAUGGGGCUGUAUUGGCUGAUGGUGGUAAUGGGGGUGUCAAGGGAGGUGGUGGUUCUGGUGGGAGCAUACAUUUGAAGGCAUAUAAAAUGACUGGAGGUGGCAGAAUAAGUGCUUGUGGAGGUAAUGGUUUUGCUGGUGGCGGCGGGGGAAGAGUUUCAGUUGACAUUUUCAGUAGACAUGAUGACCCUCAAAUAUUUGUGCAUGGAGGAAAUAGUCUUGGUUGUCCAAAAAAUGCAGGUGGUGCUGGAACUUUAUAUGAUGCUGUUGCCCGGAGCCUUACCGUAAGCAAUCACAAUAUGUCUACUGAUACAGAUACGCUUCUAUUGGAGUUUCCUUAUCAGCCUCUCUGGACAAACGUUUAUGUUCGAAAUCAUGGCAGGGCUACUGUUCCGUUGUUCUGGAGUCGUGUCCAGGUCCAAGGACAAAUAAGUCUGUUAUGUAGUGGAGUCUUAAGCUUUGGGCUAGCUCAUUAUGCUUCAUCAGAGUUUGAAUUACUGGCCGAAGAGCUUUUAAUGAGUGACUCUGUAAUCAAGGUAUAUGGCGCUCUACGCAUGAGUGUAAAAAUGUUCUUAAUGUGGAAUUCCCAAAUGCUCAUAGAUGGGGGUGAAGAUGCAACUGUUGGGACUUCUUUGCUUGAGGCUAGCAAUCUAGUUGUUCUCAAGGAAUCAUCUGUCAUACAUUCUAAUGCCAAUCUGGGAGUUCAUGGUCAAGGUCUAUUGAAUUUGUCAGGACCAGGCAAUUGGAUUGAAGCUCAACGUUUGGUUCUAUCACUAUUUUACAGUAUUCAUGUUGCACCUGGUUCUGUUUUGCGUGGUCCUGUUGAGAAUGCAACAAGUGAUGCCAUUACACCACGGCUCCAUUGCCAACUUGAAGAGUGCCCUUCUGAACUACUUCACCCCCCUGAAGAUUGCAAUGUGAACUCAUCUCUUUCUUUUACUCUUCAGAUAUGCCGAGUGGAGGAUAUUACUGUUGAAGGACUUAUAGAAGGAUCUGUUGUUCAUUUUCAUCGGGCGAGAACAAUAUAUGUUCCAUCUUCUGGAACAAUAAGUGCAUCUGGCAUGGGUUGCACUGGUGGUGUGGGUAGAGGUAAUGUUUUAAGCAAUGGUGUUGGCAGUGGUGCUGGCCAUGGUGGUAAAGGUGGGUCUGCAUGUUACAACGAUAGCUGUAUUGGGGGUGGUGUUUCAUAUGGUAACGCAGAGUUACCUUGUGAACUUGGUAGUGGAAGCGGAGAGGAAAUGUCUGCUGGUUCUACUGCAGGUGGUGGUAUUAUAGUAAUGGGUUCAUUGGAGCAUCCCUUGUCAAGUUUGUCUGUUGAAGGUUCAGUCAGAGCUGAUGGUGAAAGUUUUAAAGGAAUCACCAGAGAUCAACUGGUUGUCAUGAACGGUACUGGUGGAGGUCCUGGCGGUGGCUCUGGAGGAACUAUUCUUCUGUUCUUGCAUACUCUAGAUCUUGGCGGGUAUGCUGUUCUUUCAAGUGUUGGGGGAUAUGGUAGUCCGAAGGGGGGCGGUGGAGGUGGUGGUGGAAGGGUUCACUUCCAUUGGUCAGACAUUCCAACUGGGGACGUGUAUCAGCCCAUUGCUCGUGUGAAUGGAAGCAUCCACAUUUGGGGAGGAUUGGGAAGAGAUGAGGGUCAUGCUGGGGAAAAUGGGACAGUGUCAGGGAAAGCUUGCCCAAAGGGGUUGUAUGGAAUAUUUUGUGAGGAAUGCCCAGCUGGAACAUAUAAGAAUGUAACUGGAUCCGAUAGAGCUCUCUGUCGUCCUUGCCCUGCUGAUGAUAUUCCUCAUCGUGCUGCUUAUGUAACUGUUCGAGGUGGUAUUGCCGAAACACCAUGUCCUUACAAAUGUGUUUCAGACAGAUUUCACAUGCCACAUUGUUACACAGCCCUGGAAGAGUUGAUUUACACUUUUGGUGGGCCAUGGCUGUUUGGACUUCUUCUUUUGGGUCUUCUAAUCCUCUUAGCACUGGUGCUCAGUGUUGCUCGGAUGAAAUUUGUUGGGGUGGAUGAAUUACCUGGUCCAGCUCCCACUCAACAUGGUUCUCAGAUAGAUCAUUCUUUUCCCUUCCUGGAGUCAUUGAAUGAGGUCUUGGAGACAAAUAGAGCUGAGGAGUCUCAGAGUCAUGUGCACAGAAUGUAUUUUAUGGGUCGUAAUACUUUCAGUGAGCCUUGGCAUCUUCCCCACACUCCUCCUGAGCAAAUAAAAGAGAUUGUAUAUGAGGGUGCAUUCAAUACAUUUGUGGAUGAGAUUAAUGGUAUAGCUGCUUAUCAAUGGUGGGAAGGUGCAAUUUACAGUAUACUUUCUGUUCUUGCAUACCCCCUUGCAUGGUCAUGGCAGCAAUGGAGACGGAGGAUCAAAUUGCAAAGACUGCGAGAGUUUGUUCGAUCAGAGUAUGAUCAUGCUUGCUUGCGCUCUUGCCGUUCACGGGCUCUCUAUGAAGGGCUUAAGGUAGCUGCAACUUCUGAUUUAAUGCUCGUGUACUUGGAUUUCUUCCUUGGUGGAGAUGAGAAAAGAACUGAUAUUCCGGCUCGCCUACAUCAAAGAUUUCCAAUGUCUAUUCUUUUUGGAGGUGAUGGAAGUUAUAUGGCUCCUUUCUCAAUUCAAAGUGACAAUAUUCUUACCAGCCUCAUGAGCCAGAUGGUCCCUCCUACCACUUGGUAUCGCAUGGCAGCUGGUUUGAAUGCACAGCUGCGCUUAGUUCGUCGUGGGCGGCUAAGAGUAACUUUUCGACCUGUCCUGAGAUGGCUUGAAACACAUGCAAAUCCAGCUUUGAGAAUCCAUGGGAUACAUGUUGAUCUUGCGUGGUUCCAGGCUAGUACUUCGGGUCAUUGCCAGUAUGGACUUUUGGUUUAUGCUGUUGAAGAAGAAAGCGAACGUAUAUUUAUUGAAGGCAUUGAUGGUGUGAAACAAGUUGAAGAAGAAUCUCGCCUCUUGGUUACUGGUGUGAACAACACACACAGCGAAAAUCCAUCUGGUCAUUGGAGAGAAGAGAUGCUUGUAUCCCAAGCUCACAGAAGCAGUCAUGGGGGAAUCAUAGUUACUAACAGCUUAAGAAUGCUUAAAGAGAAGAGGGAUUUAUUUUACCUCAUCUCUUUCAUAGUUCAUAACGCUAAACCUGUUGGCCAUCAGGAUCUUGUUGGUUUGGUCAUCUCUAUGCUUCUUUUAGGAGAUUUUAGCUUAGUGUUGCUUACUUUACUCCAGCUGUAUUCAAUUUCAUUGGUGGAUGUCUUUCUUGUUUUGUUUAUUUUACCUCUUGGCAUUCUUAUGCCCUUUCCUGCGGGAAUCAAUGCUUUAUUCAGUCAUGGACCUAGGCGCUCUGCAGGCCUUGCACGUAUCUAUGCUUUGUGGAAUGUCACAUCCUUAAUUAAUGUUGUUGUUGCAUUUAUUUGUGGAUAUAUUCACUAUAACAGUCAAUCACCCUCGAGUAAGAAGUUCCCCUUUCAGCCAUGGAAUAUUAGCAUGGAUGAAAGUGAAUGGUGGAUUUUUCCAGCUGGACUGGUUGCAUGUAAAAUCUUACAAUCUCAACUUGUUAACUGGCACAUUGCAAAUCUGGAGAUUCAAGACCGCUCGCUGUAUAGUAAUGAUUUUGAGCUGUUCUGGCAGUCAUGAUGAUAUGCCAAAUACAUAUUCCACAUUGACAAUGAGGGUUCCUUUUCUUCUCCUUUUGCAUGCUUUUUGAGAACACUAGGUAAAUGGUUGACACAGAUCUAGGAAUAGAAAAUAGAAAAAAAAAAUUAAUAAAAAUACGUACAAAUAGAGUGAGCAUUAAUUGUUGGAUGUAAUUUCACGCGUUAUCCUCAUUUUGGCAUAGAGUUCAAUGUAAAUAUAAAGGGGCAAUACCUACCUGUUUAUUGAAUUCAUUUUGCCAUUUAGAAUCAUACAUUGAUUGUCAAGG